AUGUACGCUGGCGUCGAGAUUUACGUGCGAGGGGUGAAGUGGCUGACGCAACCCCGGAUAUUCCCAUUCCGCGUAUCAAGUCUGUCUCAGCACCAAACGCGUGGAGCGACUCGGAUCGCAGGAUCACGAUCCGAGGGGCCUCACAUGAUCCAAGUGCCGCGAUCUGAAGCUCCCACGUAUUCCCAUUCCUGUCAAGUCUGUCUCAGCAUAACACUCACGACUCGCCGCGACAACUUGCUCGCGCAUGGUGUACUUUUUCCGCAAGACUCAGGAUAUCGCGCAGCAAAGAGCAGGAGGCAAAAUGAGAGCAACAGACUCACAUCGGGUCGACGAACAAUGAUGAGACAGGAAGACUGCAUCAGACAUUUGACGGGUGUUGGCAGGCGGUGGCGCUCAGCAGGCCACCCUGGACGUCUCAUAGCCAUACCUGGGGCCGAAGAUAAAGAUCAAUCCCAGCCUGCCUCCAAUUACUACAACAGCAGCAACAAGACCAAAGCUUUCGCAGUCGAAAGCACAUUAGACUCAGGCUUUUCUGUCCUGCCAGGAAGCCGCAGCCUUUUCGAUGAAAUUUUGACAGAUAUACCAAGCCGCUCGCAAGCCAACAAGACUUGUAAACAUGAUGACAGAUGCGACGAUGAACAAAUAGUGAUUAUUGGUUCCCUCCAACAGAAAUCCGUGCAGUGUCUCCCUCCAUACGGCUACGACAAUGGUCCGGUCUCAUCAAGCAUGAACUUUCUUGAGCGGAGACCGACACUCCACGGCUCAUCGAACCCGGCACCAGAGCCGGGAGAGCUCAAUGAUGACCGCACGUUGUCCGACGAUGAUCGCGCGGCCGGUGAAGAAGACGUUGUUGGUGGUCUCAAUGCACAUGUCAAUUCUUGCAGCUACCAUGCAAAACUUGGAACCCAUCAAGGUCCGCUUCGACGACUGACCAACUCCCGAGGUCAUAGCAAGAAUUGUAGAGCGACCACGAGUCUCAAGAAUCAGCACGAUCUUGAAGGCCUUUACGAACAUGACCAAACAAUCUCUGCAUCGUCUUGUUCAGCUACGUAG